AUGUCGGUCACCUCACUCGUGGCCGUGCUUGUCGCAGCGGUCGUACUAUAUAAAGGAAUUAUCUACCCUGCCUUUGUGUCGCCACUGGCCAAGAUCCCAAAUGCGCAUUGGAGUGUCCCUAUUUCGCCAGUAUGGAUGCUUUGGAAACGUUACCGGAUGCAGAAUAACCGGACUAUCCAGUCUGCUCACGAAAGACUUGGCCCGAUUGUCCGGCUUGGGCCAUCGGAGCUCUCCGUCAACUGUGUUGAUGGAGGCAUCAAGUCCGUGUAUACUGGCGGAUAUGAGAAGCAUGAGUGGUAUCCUCGUGUCUUUGGGUCGCUUGACACCGUGAGCAUGUUCACAAUGGUCGGAACGAAGACUCACUCCAUUCGUAAGAGAAUGUUGUCCAACAUCUACUCCAAAUCCACACUCCAGACUUCGCCUCACCUUAAGGUAGUCUCUGAUGCAGUGAUAUUCGAUCGUCUCCUGCCUAUCAUCAAGGAGUCCGUGGAUGCAGAUCAAAGCAUUGAUGUUCAUGACCUGAACAUGGGACUUACUCUCGAUUUCGUCUCGGGAUACCUCUUCGGUCUACGAAAUGGCACAAACCAUUUACAAGACCAUAAAUUUCGCAAGCACUGGCUGCACAUGUACCUAUGCCGCAAGCCAUUCGAGUUCUACCACCAAGAAGCCCCUAACUUUGCGCCAUGGAUGAAAUGCCUCGGUAUACGAAUUAUCCCCAAGUACUGCGACACUGCCAACGCAAUGCUCGAUACCUGGGCAUUGGAUCUCUGCGCCAGAGCCGGUGACUCACUCGACUCGACAGAUCCAGCAUCCGAACCAAUUGUAUACAAGCAGCUGAAACAGGGCCUCGACAAGCAAGACUUGAAAGCGGGCAUUUCCAACCCAGAUCCCAACAAGCAGAAGAACGACAUCGCCUGCGAAAUGUACGAUCAGCUCACAGCAGGCUUCGAGACAAGUGCCGUCGGCUUGACAUACCUGUUCUGGCAGUUAUCAAGACACCCGGAGAUCCAAGAGAGACUUCGUGAAGAACUACUAACCCUCGAUCCACCGAUCUCUUUCCCCAAAUCUAACGAGCUGCCCUCCGCAAAAUCGAUCGAUGCCCUGCCCCUUCUAGACGCAAUUGUUACCGAGACAUUACGUCUUCAUGCCCCGAUCCCAGGUAUCCAGCCUCGCGUAACGCCCGCGCCGUCUUGCACGCUGGCCGGUUACGACAACAUCCCGGCAAACACGCGAGUCAAUGCACAGGCAUACUCCUUGCAUCGCAAUCCGGAGGUCUUCCCCGAGCCAGAGUCUUGGGAGCCGAAACGCUGGCUGAAGGAAGAGAACUCGGUGGCCGAUCUCGAGGAACGGCGCCGCUGGUUUUGGGCAUUCGGAAGUGGAGGACGGAUGUGUGUCGGGAGCAAUCUCGCCUUGCAAGAAACGAAACUGGUUGCAGCGGCUAUCUUCUCGAACUUCCGCACCACCAUCGUGGAUGAUACAGACAUUGACGCUAUAGAUGCGUAUACUGUGCACCCGAAGGCCGAGAAGCUAGUCCUCAAGUUCCAGGCAGUUUGA